GCAGAGCGGCCGCCACAGUAUAUAAGGCGUGAGUGAGAGAGACGAGGCAGACAGUGACCUGCUCCUCCUCUCGUCGCCAACAUGAUGAAGCUGUUGAUUGUGUGCGUGGUGGUGGCGGCGGCGGUGGCGGCGCCCACCUACGACACGCCCAUCCCCAUCCUGAAGGACGACCGCACCCAGAACGCCGCCGGCGAGUACUCCUUCAACUUCGAGACUGGCAACGGCAUCGUGCGCAGCGAGUCCGGCUACCAGGCUGACGGCCAGGAGAACUCCGGCGCCUUCAGCUACACCAGCCCCGACGGCACGCCCGUGGCCAUCUCCUUCACCUCCGGCGCCGCCGGCUACCAGCCCGAGGGCGCCGUGCUGCCCGUGGCCCCGGCGCUGCCCUACCAGCGCUCCGACACCUUCGUGCACUAGACGCCCACGCCCGGUUCAUCGUCACCCCGCCCACCAAGGAUGGCCUCGCCUCGCCUUGCCUCCCUUCUACGCCCUCCGCCUCUCCCUCACGCACAGCGCGGGAACGCUAUUUAUUGUCGUCGUCUCGGCGGCCUCGCUCUCUUGUUUCUCUGAGUGUAAAUAAACAAUGAAUGACUGUAA